CAGGAAUUUACAGGCUUGUAGAAGAGAGCAGCCUCCUCAUUCAUGUCUGAGUCUGUUCUGUCUCUAUGACAACAGGACAUAAACAAAUGGGGUAUCACUGUCCUAGUUGAAGCCAUUCAGUUGCCACUUACAACAGUGCCAAGUCCAGAGCUGAUGGGUAGAUAAUCUCUCAUCACACUGGUGACAAGUGACCCUGACAUUUUUCACCAUGCCCACCAAACCCAGGAAAUCGAGGUCCCACAGUUCUAGGCCUGCCAAGAAGACUGGGAGUCCAAAAACACCCAAAAAGAGGUCCUCUAGUGCCAAAUCCACCAAGACAGAGGUGGACAUCCUAAGCCCAGCAGCCAUGGAGAAUGUCUACUACAUUUCUCAUAAUGCGGUGGACUGUCUGGGGUUCAGAGGCUUUGGGUGGCCAAAUUCAAAUAAAAAGAAGAAAAGGAAGAAGGGAACAAAACGUAAGAAGAAAAAGUAGAUCACAAUUCUUGCCAAAGCUAAGAGAUUUUUUUGUCAUUAGGGUUAAAGGGAGAGUUACAUAUAAUCACCUUGGUAAUGGCACCAUCUAGUGG